AGGUAAAGUAAAAAUAAUCAUACCGUAUAUUUUACAGCCGUCUUGCAAGGGUUUAUUUGGGAGGCCGUCGCCGCUUUUAAACCCUCCGCUCUCGCCUUGUCCCCAUAAUAUUUUGUAAAUUAGGGUUCUUCUCCGUCUCACCAGCAUCAAUCAUUCACUUGUAUUCAGGUUGUUAAUUAUUAAUUGGGGUGUCAAGGAGGAAUGGGUCGAAAGAAGAGCAACAGCAGCAAGAAAGUGAAUAAAGUGGUGUCCAAUGAAUUUGAUUUCUCUGAAGAUGACGAAAUUGAUGCUUUUCAUAAGCAAAAGGAUGUUGUUCCCAUUGAUAUAAAUGACGAUGUGGCCGAAUCAGAUGAAGAACAUCCUGUAUUUGGUUUCCAGGAUGACGAUGAGAGCGAGGAUGAAGAAGAUGAAGAGGAUAUUGAAGAUACCGGGCUUGCUGCACGAAUCAAAAGGGAGCAAAAGAAAUUACAGUCAAAGAUUGGCGGGGUUGAGGAUGAAAUGGAUGAUGAUCCCAAAGAGGCAGAAGAAGAAAGUACUGUGUGGGGAAGAGGGGGAUAUCAUGGUGGUGAUAAUGUUGACUACGAGAUACAAUCCAGCGAUGAAGAUCUGCCUGCUGAGGAAGAGGCUGAAGUAUUGCGAUUGCAGAAGAUAAAAACAAAAUCUUUAUCGAAGGCAGAUUUUGGCCUUGAAGAUGAUAGUGAAGACGACAGUGAUGCAGAGCCCACAUUUGAGGACAUUUUGGUCAAAGGGAAAACAUCAAAACCUUCUACAAAAGGACCUCAAGAUGAAACCGGCACUACUUUUGAGAAAGUCAAUAAAGAUUUGAAUGCUUUGACAACUGAAGAGCAGAUGGACGUUGUCUACAGUGCUGCUCCAGAGUUAGUUGGUUUGCUGACAGAGCUUAGUGAUGCAUCUGAACAGCUUGAAAAUAUUGUUAAUCCACUUAUAACUAAGGUUAGAAAAGGGAAUAUUGCUAAUAAAGGUGGGUUGAAAUUCUUGGAGCUUAAACAAGUUCUUUUGCUGUCAUAUUGCCAAGCUAUUACUUUUUAUUUACUCCUUAAGUCCGAGGGACAGCCUGUUCGUGAUCAUCCAGUCAUUGAGCGGCUUGUGGAAAUCAAAAGUCUAUUGGAAAAGAUGAAAAAACUUGAUGAAAAUCUUCCAACAGAACUUGAGGAUAUAUUGAACAGGAAGUUUGAUACCGAAACAGAGACUUUGUUCUCUAUUCAGGAUGCCGAUAAGUCUGAUGUACUCAAAGAAUUCAAGGCCCCACCAGUCCCAGCCAAAAUAGAAGUGCCUCAGAGAGCAACUGAGGUGAAGGAAUCUGGGAGCGUAGGAGCAGAAAGCAAGCAUCAGAAUGAUAAAGUUGGUUUGCAAAGCAUGGAAAUGCUAAAAGUAAGAGCAGCCCUUGAGGAAAAACUUAAACAGAAAGGUGUUUUUAGUUCUGUAGCCCCAAAGCAUCAAAGUUCAAAGAGGAAUGUGCAACCACUGAACAGAAAACUCGAGACACUGGAUGAUUUUGACGAUUAUACUUCUGAUAUAAGUGGCCGGGAAAAGAGUAAUGGGCAUGCACAGCUUUCGCACACAUCUACAUUGGCCAAGAUUGCAACACGAGUGAAAAAGACAAAGCUUGUUUCUGGUGAUGAUGAUUUGCCAAAGAGAGAUGAUAUUGGAGAGAGGCGAAGGAAUCAUGAACUUCGGGUUCUUGCAGGAGCUGGAAUCAAAUCGAAUGAUGAUGGCGAUGAUGAACCCAAUACUGAGGAUGUCAAUGGGUCAGCUGGCAUGGAGGUAGAUGAUGCAACAGAAUCAGAUUCUGAAUCUGAUUUGGAGUUCUACAAACAAGUCGAAGCACAACACAAGGCAAAACUUGCUUCCAAGUCAGAGAAGUACUCAAGAACCCCAAUGGAGGAGCCAUUGUUGCCUGAAGUCCUUGUAGAAGGGAAGCGGCAUAUUACUCAGCAGAUAGAGAAGAAUAGAGGGCUUACUCGUGCUCGGAAGAAACUUACGAAGAAUCCAAGGAAGAAAUACAAGUUGAAACAUAAGGAUGCUGUCAAACGCCGGAAAGGUCAAGUUCGGGAAAUCAAGAAGCCAAGUGGUCCUUAUGGUGGUGAAACCUCUGGUAUUAAUGCAGGAGUUAGCCGUAGUAUCAGAUUCAAGAAUUAAGUGCCGUGGCUGCUGCAGUACUACGUUUCUUCUCUGUAGUUGAGAAGUUGUUGUAUAUCUAUAUGUGAUUCAAAUUUUGUUAGGCAAUCCUCUAAUAUUAUUGUUGGGUACUAUUCUUAUAAAUGUUUGAUGAAUUUUGGCUAUUGAUGCCCAUCCUUGAGUUUUGUUUAGAGUUCAUGGAUUGGGGAUUGAGAUUUGAGAUUUGUAAUGCAAGGAUACCAGUAGCGAA